CCGACAACCAGCCAGACGCUACUGCUCCUGCGCGUUGAGUAGAAGCAGCAUAGAGGAAAACAACUUUCGAGCCGUUCUGCCUCCUAUAUCGUUCCAUAUAAUCUUUACAAUCACCUACCAGCGUCAUGGCUCAGAAGCGCCUUAUGCAAGAGCUGCGGUCUCUCCAGAAGGAGAAAUGGGUGGAGAUUACAACAGAUGAGACAAAUCUCCUCAAAUGGAGGAUCGGCCUCUGGGUUGUCAAUCCUGACAGCGUUUGGCACGGAGCGUUCCUCAAGGCCGAGAUGAGAUUCCCAUCCGACUAUCCUUAUCAGCCGCCGGUCUUCAAGUUCCUCACCCCCAACAUCAUCCAUCCUAACGUAUAUUCCGACGGAAACCUCUGCAUUUCCAUUCUUCACAAGCCUGGCGAAGACGAGCAGUCUGGCGAACUUGCAAGCGAGAGAUGGAAUGUCCUACACGGAGUUGAAUCUGUUCUCCGAUCCGUUCUCCUGCUCAUGGACGAUCCCGAGAUCAAUUCAGCUGCCAACGUGGAUGCCAGCGUCAUGUAUCGAGACGAUCGUGCUCAGUAUAAUGCCUUGGCCAAGGCUACAGUGGCAGCGACCAAGAAAAGCAUCCCGGCGGGUGUGAGGAUGCCCAGCAUGGACGAGCUGACUCCGGUACCGGUAAAGCCGAUCGAUGACGAUGCCGACUUUUGGAAUAUGACAGAUGAGGAAGAAGACUUUGGCGGAAGCGAUAGUGACGAAAACAUGGAUGACUUCGAGGAGGAAGAGGAGGAGGAUGAAGAAGAAGAUGAGGAUGAUAAAUGAGCGUUCAACUGUGACAUGAUGUGGGGAGAAUGCGCUGUUUCCUGAGUGAAAAAGCGAAAAAAGCGAAAGAACCAACAGCCGGCUGGCUUGUCAUAACACGCCACAACCGAUGGCAUACUUUUACCUACGCAACUAGCGGAUCCGAUUUGAUGGCGUUUGGCGGCUUCUUACCUACCUAUGCAUGGAACGGGCUGGGAGAAGGUUGGUGUCAUGGCGUGGCAUCUCUACUCUUGGACCACGGAAGGAUUGCAUUUGAAUUUUUGCGGUUUCUUGUUUUACUUUGCUGCCUUUGUUUUUGUUUUCUUGCCUUUUUAGGUCAUUACAGGCAUCUCUCAUAUUAGCGGGUUUUUAUCGUUUCUUGUAGCUCGAGUCUGAGGGCAGCCAAACUUUACAUAGAAGGCAAAAGCGCAUAGACGCGUUGAUACAGCAAGCACAGAUAUACAAUUUCUUUUUCUUCUUAAG